AUGUCGGAAGUUAAGGUUGGAAUUAUUGGAGGUUCUGGAUUCGACGAUCCAGAUUUAUUACAAGAAGCAAAAGUGCGAACAGUAACUACUCCAUUCGGAAAUCCGUCAAGUUUUCUUACUGAAGGUUUUGUUGAAGGUGUCCCUUGUGUUGUGCUUCCCAGGCAUGGAAAGGAACAUUUACUUCCGCCAAGCGAGAUCAAUUAUCGGGCCAACAUUUGGGCGUUAAAGGAACUUGGGUGUACUCACAUAUUAGCCACUAACGCUUGUGGUAGUCUGCAGAAAGACAAAAAACCUGGUGAUUUCGUUGUUCUUAACCAGUUUUACGAUAAUACUCGGAAUCGAGAGCUUACGUUUUAUGGAAGUGGGCCUCAUUCACUGAAAGGAGUCUUACAUAUGCCGAUGGCAGACCCAUUUUGUGAAGAAACACGUCAGGUUCUAAUCAAAGCAGCUAAAAAUCUAUCACUGACUAUACGUGAUAAAACGUGUAGUUCAGAUACAAUCAGCAAUCAUCCGUGUGUACAUACUGAAGGUUCUGUGAUUACGAUUAAUGGCCCACGUUUUUCAACUCGUUGCGAAUCAUUGUUAUUCCAAAAAUGGGGCUUCGAUUUGAUUAAUAUGACAUUAGUUCCUGAAGUUUCUUUAGCUCGUGAAGCUGGCUUAAGUUAUGCUUCUAUAGCAAUUGUUACAGAUUUUGAUUGUUGGAAAGCAGAUGAGGAACACGUGAGGAAGUUAACAUUUACUGGUUACUUUUGUAUAUUAUUUUAUAGAUACACACAUAAGGAUGUCCAAUUAUUUUGUUAUGGUUCCAGUAUGAGGUUGUGAAUUUCAAUGAAGUUGUGAUUGUAUUCGUCUUUAAAUUUGAGGAUUUUCAUGCCUUGUUAAACUUUGUAUUUCUAGGAAGUCCUAAAUAAAUAAUGUUCUCCCAAAAGUA